AUGUCUUCAGAACCGGUCUUUGUCCUGCCGGGCGACCGCAUCGACGCCUCGUUGAUCCCUUCAAAUCCAAAGAAGCCUCUCCGCCUGGGUCCGGGCCUGCGCCAUGUCCCUCCGAGCGACAUCCUCCCGACGCUGGCCGGCCAGCUAGUGACAGACCGGCAGAAGAACGCCAUUCGUGUAGAGACGUCAAAUGGCAGGUAUAUCCCACGGGUAGGCGAGCUCGUCAUCGGCACCAUCAACAAAUCCGCCUCUGAAGUGUACUUCGUCAACCUCUCUGACUACACCGCUCCCGCCCUCCUCCCUCAGCUCUCAUUCGAAUCCGCCACGAAAAAGACGCGCCCCAUCCUAGCCCCCGGAGCGUUGGUCUACGCCCGUGUGACACUGGCAAACAAGCACAUGGACGCAGAGCUCGAGUGUGUUUCUGCGUCAACAGGCAAAGCCGAUGGUCUCGGGCCAUUGGUGGGCGGCAUGUUAUUUACGAUAUCCCUUGGCAUGGCCCGCCUCCUGAUGAUGCCCAAGAAGGCCCAGCACGGCAAGCUUGUCGUUUUGGACGAGCUUGCUGACGCCGGCGUUCAGUUCGAGACGGCGACGGGCAGGAACGGCAGGUUAUGGGUAGACAGCGAUAGCGCAAAGGCCAUCAUCGCCGUCGGCAGAGCCAUCCAGGAGACAGACACAAAGUCGCUCAGUGUAGAUGAGCAGAGAAAAUUGGUCAGAAGAUUAAUCAAGGAGCUGAGCUGA